AUGUCGACCCGUCACUCUUUUCUUUCGACCACUGGCCUCAUCAGGCCCCCUUCGGCGGCCUCCUUUACGGAGAGCGCCGUCCCACCAAGACAAGCCCGUCCCGGCGGCACAAAGCCGGGAUUGAAGCGGACCCACAGAGGGACACCGACGACUACCAGCCCUCCUGCGGAUCCCCUUCCUAUCCGAACCAAAGCGGGGAUCAUACCAAUUGGCCCAGCGUUUACGGUUUGUAUUGCCGUGUUUCUGUCGUUACUCUUCACCUUGGCGAUAUCCUGUGCCUUCAUUUCCGGCGAGGAUGAGCGGCCUCCAUUUGCUAGCCUCCUCGAUGACGUUGCUGCAAACACACCUGGGAUCGUACUCGUGGGCGAUGACGUCGACGUGGACAUCGACGAGCCUGCGGUGACUAUCCGUUGGUCCAUCAUUGCCUGCGGCGAGGAAUUUGUUCUCCCCGGAUCCGAAGGGGCGCAUGGUAGCUCAGGCUGCGGACUACCAUCCAUGCCGCUCGCGAUUCUGGUUGACGGAGGAGCGGAAACGGCGGCAACGUACGACCCCGCACUCUUCCCCUAUCUUAAUGGCGGUAGCCAGCGGAACAACAUCCAGAAUAUGUUCCAGUUUGACGACGACCACGUACUGGACGUCUACCAGGCCCGCCUUUACCCGUUCGACACCUACCUUCUAACCAGCACAUUGCGAGCUGUUUCGGCGGCCGACAACCAAAGCUUGCCCAUCCAACGGUUGUCCACCAUCGACAUCACGUCGAGUUUUGUCACCGUUUCCAGCGAUACACCCAGUUUCGUGAAGGGCAGCAAUGGGACUCAGGAGACGUCCAGAGACCUCACGUUACGGAUCAGUCGGCCUCCAGAGGCGCGGAUGUACGCCCUGUUGCUCUUCGGAUCGAGCUGGAUGCUGGCGCACGCCACCAUGGCGCUCGUGGCAUUCUCGUGGCACCUAGAGGACGCAGACAAGGUUCUGAAGCAUCUCGCGUCGACUUUCAUCAUCAUCCUCGUAAUUCCACAAUUACGGGCCGCCAUGCCUGAUGCGCCAGGAUUUGACGGUGUGUACUUACCACACUUGAUAGACGCGAUCGGUUUCUUCCCGCAGAUGCUAGUGACAACAGUGUCGGCCCUGAUGCUGAUCGCCACGAUGGUGAAGAAAGAACUCCAAGAGCUGGACGAAAUUGCAGUUCCAGACCUCGAAGACCGCAAGGAGGCUCCUGCACCGCUGUCGACUGGGCUGUUGAGGAUGAGGAGAGGCGGCGCGUCCGUCGAUAUCAACCACAUACGAAACUUUAGUCGUACGCUGUCGAAUCUCGGUCGGCCUGCGAUGGGGUAG